AGUGCUCGUGCAGCGCUCGUGAAGCGCUCUUGCUCGAGUCUCCGCCUCUGCCAGCACCACCGCGGAUGACGUUGAACAACAAAGAUGGCAGGAGGAAACAGCAACUAUUGGGAAGACCUGCGGAAGCAGGCGAGGCAGCUGGAGAACGAGCUGGACCUGAAGCUGGUGUCCUUCAGUAAGCUGUGCACCAGCUACAGCAGCUCUCGGGACGGCCGUAGAGGAGACAGUAGUUCGGAUACAACACCUCUGCUCUCCAACUCCACCCAGGACAGAAUGUUUGAGACCAUGUCAGUGGAGAUUGAGCAGCUGCUUGCGAAACUUACAGGGGUGAAUGACAAGAUGGCUGAGUAUACAAGCACACCGGGAGUAACGUCUCUGAAUGCUGCUCUAAUGCACACUCUCCAGAGGCACAGAGACAUCCUACAGGACUACACACAUGAAUUUCAUAAAACCAAAUCAAACUUCAUGGCAAUCAGGGAGAGAGAGGAUCUUUUGGGAUCUGUGAGAAAAGAUAUUGAGACAUAUAAGAGUGGCUCGGGGGUGAAUAACAGGCGGACAGAGCUCUUCCUGAAAGAACACGAGCACUUGAGAAACUCAGAUCGGCUUAUUGAUGACACAAUAAGCAUUGCAAUGGCAACCAAGGAGAACAUGACCUCCCAGCGAGGUUUGUUGAAGUCUAUACAAAGCAGGGUCAACACCCUGGCCAACCGUUUCCCUGCCAUCAAUAACCUAAUACAGCGGAUCAACUUGAGGAAGAGACGGGACUCAUUAAUUCUAGGAGGAGUCAUCGGCAUCUGCACCGUCCUUCUGCUGCUGUAUGCAUUUCACUGACGGGCAGGGGAGCUAACCGACUUCUUUUGGGGGGUGUUCUGCGGAGCAGUGGCGUAGCCUUGAGAAAGGGCUAAAUGAGAGGCGGACCAUUGGUGCCACAAAGCAGAAGCCCACUUGGCCUAGUCUGGUAACAGGAUUGAUUGUGGCCAGCAUGGACCAUAUUUGUAUUUAGCAUCGGAAGGGGUUUAGCUCUAACAGCCUUUUUUUGUUUCUGUACUACAAACAAUGCGCUGUUCAGAUGUGAACUGGAACCGGAGACCAAAUUACUAACAGGAAUAAAUUUCAAUGAGCAUAGUAUAACACAGUGGCUUUGAGACAAGAGCGAUGCUGUGAAGCAUCAACUUUGCGUUGUGCUGUUCCUGUAUAUUAUUAAUCGGAAGAGGAUUUUAAUUUGAUGAUCCUUUUAGUAAGAGGGUUUCUCAUCAUGCUGUGUACUUUGUGAAUUAAUAAAUUAUUCAUAUACAGGAUAUUAAAAAUGUGUGUCAAACACUAGAGGUCUGUCCUCCUAAAGCUUCUAUUUUUUAGAUAUUUCUAAACUCUCUCAUCGAUGACAUUUUACACUGGAGAAGGCAGUCCAAAAAUAAAACACUUGCAUUGCAGCGCUUGACAUGUUAACCCUUCUCUUUCAAGGUGCUGUUGCUUUAUGCUUUUACUGAUGUGUCUUUAAGUUGAGAGCAGGUUCAAGUUAAGUAUAUCUGGCUAAACCAACAAGCCUGCGCUCGCAGCCCACUUGUCUGCUGAUUUGCAUCCUAUGCAAAAAAAUUUUUGCUAAAAAAAAUCUUUCUUCCUUUUUCCUUUGUUCCCUGUUGGUCCAUUAUCUAAAGGUCACGUGAGUCUCCUACUGUUCCAGUCCAUACAUUGACCAAGUGCCCUGAAAUGCAGAACAAAUGUUGAGGGACUAAGGGUCUAUUACAGAUAAAAUGAACCUCAUUGACCAAAGGUUCAUCACAAAUCUCCAAAAAAGGUGUUUCUCGCCAUACUUUCAGAGAGUGUAUUGUAUUAUUGGUGGGUUUUGUGGGAACAGCACUAAGUCACAAAUGAGGUACCUUGUUGUUUUCUCUGCCUAAAUGUGUCUGUAGGAGAGGUACUGCAGCUGUCAUUUGGAAGCUAAUAGGCCACACACAGAGCUCCACAGGAAGCCUCCUCACUUCCCCUGCUGACUGAAACAUGUUCUCUUUACACCAGCCCAGAGAAUAAAUGAAUAAAUCUUUGUCAUCUCCGCAUUGU